AGGUACCUGGCGAGCGGCUCUGGAGACACCACUGUCCGCUUCUGGGACCUCAGCACGGAGACACCACAGUUCACAGCCAAAGUGCAGAAAAGAGUCCAGGCUUUGGACGUGGUCCUUGGCAGACAGGUCCAUCACGAGGGAGGUGUCUGGAGCGAGAAGGGGUAUCGCCUGGCCAAGAUAUUUCUGUGGGACCCAGCGACUGGCAAUCAGAUCGGCCGGGUGCUCACCGGCCACUCCAAAUGGAUCACGUGUCUGUGCUGGGAACCGCUCCACAUAAACCCGGAGUGCCGCUACCUGGCAAGUGCCUCCAAGGAUGGCAGCAUCCGUAUCUGGGACACGCUGAUGGGCAGGUGUGACAAAAUCCUCACGAGCCACACGCAGUCGGUGACAUGUGUGAAGUGGGGGGGUGAUGGUUUGCUCUACUCCUCCUCCCAGGACAGGACCAUCAAAGUCUGGAGGAGCCAGGAUGGGGUCCUCUGCCGCACCUUGCAGGGCCACGCUCACUGGGUGAACACGAUGGCCCUUAGCACCGACUACGUUCUCCGCACCGGUGCCUUCGAACCUGCUGAAGCCACCAUUAACCCACAAGAUGUAAGCGGCUCCUUGGCAGAACUGAAGGACAAGGCACAGCAGAGGUAUAACCAAGUCAGGGGCCAGGAACCAGAAAGGCUCGUCUCGGGGUCAGAUGAUUUCACGCUGUUUCUUUGGAGACCAGCAGAAGACAAGAAGCCACUGGAGAGAAUGACGGGCCACCAGGCAUUGAUUAACCAAGUUCUCUUCUCGCCAGACACCCGGAUAAUAGCUAGUGCUUCCUUUGACAAGUCCAUAAAGCUCUGGGACGGUAGGACAGGAAAGUACUUGACAUCGCUGAGAGGGCAUGUCUCGGCGGUGUAUCAGAUCGCCUGGUCAGCUGACAGCCGCUUGCUGGUGAGCGGGAGCAGUGACAGCACGCUGAAGGUCUGGGACGCCAAGACGAAGAAACUGGCCAUCGAUCUUCCUGGCCAUGCAGAUGAGGUGUACGCAACGGAUUGGAGCCCGGACGGACAGAGGGUAGCAAGCGGAGGGAAGGAUAAAUGUUUGCGGAUGUAA